AUGCAAGGGUUCAACAAGUACUACCCGCCAGACUACGACCCGAACGAGCACAAGUCGCUCAAUGGGUAUCACGGCAAGCAUGCGCUCGGCAAGCGGGCGCACAAGAUCGACCAGGGCAUCCUCGUCGUGCGGUUUGAGCUGCCCUUCAACAUCUGGUGCAACCACUGCUCCGCCCACAUCGGCCAAGGCGUCCGCUACAACGCCGAGAAGAAGAAAGUCGGCAACUACUACUCGACGCCGAUCUGGUCGUUCCGGUUCAAGUGCCAUCUGUGCAGCGGGAGGAUAGAGAUACAGACGGAUCCGCAGAACACCCGAUAUGUCGUCACUGAAGGUGCAAAGCAGAAGAUGGAGGAGUGGGAUCCGGCGGAGAACGGACAAAUGGUUAUCGACAACGCCGCCUCGACGUCUACCGCCCCACCUGAUCCCUUCGCCUCGCUCGAAAAGACCGUCACGCAAAAAGCUGCCGCUCUCUCCGAAGCUCAACGCCUCUCCGCCCUCCAGGAGCAGAACGACAGUCAUUGGUCCGACCCCUACGCCGCCUCGACCGCCCUGCGCUCCUCCUUCCGCAAAGCGAAGAAGGUCCGGCUCGAGAGCGAGUCGCGCGCCGAGGGGACGAGGGGGAAGUUUGCGCUUGGUGAGAGGAUCAGGACGGAGGAUUUGAGGACGCCGGCGAGGGGGAGUGAGGAGAGUGAGUGGGAGAAGAGGGAGUGGGUGAGGGCGAGAGGGGAGAUGGAGCGUGCGAAAGAGGAGGAAGGGCGGAAAAGGCGGAGACUGGAAGAGCAGGUCGGCUGGCAGGGCGGAAAGGUCGAGUCCGAAUCGUCGACGCGGCGACUAAGCGUCGGCGGCUCGAGCCGGGAUACGUCGAGACGGACGACGAAGGCGCUUCCCUCGGCCUCAUCCUCCUCUCGCUCGCUUAUCCCCCGAUCCACCUCUGCGCCAUCCUCCCUGUCGUCUCGAGGGACAUCCAACCCAGCCGCCAAAGCCCUCCACUCAAAACUCGCGCUCGCCUCGGCCAUCAAGAACGACCCUUUCGCCUCGCCUCUCGCUCGAGGAAGUCUUCCAAGGAGCGUAUCGUCCAGCAGCGGGCUCGGCGCGGCUGUCAAGGUGGUCAAGCGGUCGAGGGAGUAG